AUGGUCGCCGACACAACCUACUACGAUGCGCUGCAGGUGCCGCCGAACGCCUCUGACAUCGACAUCAAGAAAGCGUACCGCAAACUCGCGAUAAAGCUCCACCCCGACAAGAACCCCGGCGACGAGUCUGCGCACGAGAAAUUCCAGGCUAUAGGAGAAGCAUACCAAGUCCUCAGCGACCCAGACCUGCGCGCGGCAUACGAUAGAUAUGGCAAGGAAGCGGGCAAGCCGAGCGGCGGCUUCGAGGACCCAGCAGAGUUUUUCACCAUGAUCUUCGGCGGCGACGCUUUCGUAGACUGGAUCGGGGAGAUUUCACUCAUGAAGGACCUAACAAAAACCAUGGACAUCACCAUGAAAGAGAUGGAGGAGGAAGAGCUCACCGCCGCCGAAGCCGUUGCGAACGCCGAAGCCAAAGCCGCCGAACAGACCGCCGCACCCGGCGCGACCACCGCCUCCGCCAGCAGAACGACCCCAGUACCGCCUCCGCCCACUGUAGAAACACCCGCCGAAACCGCAUCCGCCUACUCCGGCACUACUGCCGCCCCCUCCGCACGCACGCCUUCGCCGUCAAGAUCAGGGACCAGCACACCGCGGCCGAGAGGUAUACCGAUACGGCCAGCCAUAAUGGACAAAUCCGAAGAAGACGCUCGACUAGAAGCCGCCGGUGUAACAGACGCCGAAAAAGAUCUGCGCGCCAGAGAGAAGAAGAAAGGCGGCCUAAGCAAAGAACAGCGCGAGGAGCUGGCCGCCUACGAGAUGGAGCGCAAGAAGAUCCGCGACGAGCGCGUAGCAACACUCUCCAAGAAACUCAUCGACCGCAUCAGCGUGUGGACCGAGACGGACAAGAGCAAAGACGUGACGGAGGCCUUCCGCUCUCAACUCGCGCACGAGAUCGAGAACCUCAAGAUGGAGUCCUUUGGGCUGGAGAUCCUGCACGCGAUCGGAUACACGUACCUCUCCAAAGCCUCCGCGUUCCUCAAAUCGCAAAAGUUCCUCGGCAUCUCCGGCUUCUUUGCGCGCCUAAAAGACAAAGGCACGCUAGCGAAGGAAACCUGGAACACAAUUUCGACGGCGAUCGAUGCGCAGAUGACGAUGGAGGAGAUGGCGAAGGCGGAGGAGAAAGGCGGAGAGGACUGGACGGACGAGAAAAAAGCCGAAUUCGAGAAGAGGGUUACGGGGAAGAUUCUCGCGGCGGCGUGGAAAGGGAGCAAGUUUGAGAUUCAGGGCGUGCUGAGGGACGUUGUGGACAAGGCGCUCUAUGAUAAGAGCGUUAAGCUGGACAAGAGGAUUGAGAGGGCGCAUGCGUUGAUCAUGAUUGGGGAGAUGUUUCAGAAGGCCGCGCGAGACCCAGACGAAGAAGGCGACUACAUGGCCUUCGAGCAGCUCAUGGCCGAAGCAGCUGCCAAGAAGGACAAAGACAAGGACAAGGAUAAAGAAAAAGAGAAAGCGGAGAAGAAGAGCAAGAAGUCGAAGCGGGAAACAAGUCCUUCUUCACGUUCGCACCGACAUUCGCAGUCGCACUCAGCAUCAUGA